AUGAACAGCGCUUUAAUCCGGAAGAGAAACAAUCAGGCCAAAGCGACCAGCAAAAAGCUGAGAGAUAAAUGGAAAAAGGCCGAAAAGCGAGAAAUCAACCUUGGCCAGCUUCUUCUCUGCGCGCAUUGUAAUCCAAGGAACAUGCUUAGUUCUGUUGCUGGGCGAGCGCAUGGAUCGAGAGCGAGACCUUCAAAAGCCAGGUUGACCCUGGACAACAGGACAAAUGCGAUAGUACCGGCGCCGCUAAAAGCGAAUCGGGCGAGAAUCAAUGUCUCGGGGACGAAGUUUGAGACUUUUAUCGCGACGCUAGAAAAGUAUCCAGAUUCGCUACUUGGAAAUCGCGAAAAGCGCCAAAAAUUCUUCGAUGCCGAAACUGACGAAUACUUUUUCGACCGAAACCCCGAAUGUUUCAAAAUUAUUCUGGAAAGGUCAAAAAACGCCUUGCCGGGGACAGUCUUUGCCGAGCACUUAAAAUAUAACUACUUGGAAAACACUUGGAGUCCAAGAGAGCUCUCGAAAUCGGGAAAAAUUCGAAAAGCGAUUUGGGACAUGCUGGAGAAGCCGCAGAGCUCGACUUUUGCUUUCUGCUUUUCGGUGUUUAUUCAAAUGCUUAUUCUGCUCUCCAUUCUGAUUUUCGUCUUGGAGAGUUUGCCUGAAUAUCGCAUCGAAUACGUGCCGACUUACAUGGAGCCCGUUUUAAAAUCCUUCAACUGCGAGGAAAUAAUCGACCGCUCCUGCUCCGUCUGGAACGACGUCAGUUCCUCCGACUGCCAACAACUCUGUCUCAACAACUCGAUUCCAGACGACUGCUCCUUUUUCAACAACCGCCAAUGUCACUCCGUCAGCUACGACGAAUCCAGCAGGCAGUGCGUCUUCCAAUCAAACUGCAAGGAAGAAGAAGUGCUCUUCGAAAAAGUGAUAAACGACGAAAAAGCGAGCGACAUCGAAAAAACACUGGCGGUUUUUAGCAGCAUAAAUGCUGUUUGCAUCGCGGUUUUCACGAUUGAAAUUAUUUUGAGACUCAUCGCCACUCCAAAGCCAAAAGCCUUCUUCCUCGACCCGCUAAAUAUCAUCGAUCUUCUGGCAGUUCUGCCAUUUUACAUCGAACUCGUGAUUCUUCAGGUUUAUGAGCUCCAAACUGACAUUUCUGGAGAGACGAGCGAGCAGAAAUCGGAAAUGUUUCGCAUUUUGCGAAUUAUUCGGCUCAUUCGCGUCAUUCGCAUCCUCCGCUUUUCCAGAUACAAUCAGAAUCUUCAAACUCUUGGAAGGAGUUUGCUGAAAUCAACGAGGGAAAUCGGCUUUCUGAUCAUGUUUUAUUUGAUCUUCUCGAUUUUGUGCGCGACGAUUGCUUUUUACGUCGAAAAUGAAGUCGAGGACACUGGAUUCGACAGCAUUCCAAGUUCUCUCUGGUGGGCAAUCGUAACGAUGACUACUGUAGGCUACGGAGACAUGUUUCCCGUAACAGGAAUUGGCCGAUUUAUUGGCUGCAUAGCUGUUUUCUGCGGUAUUCUCUGCGUUGCACUGCCAAUUCCAUUCAUUUCGAAUGCCUUUGAAAUGGAAUACAAGAAAGUUCAGAUCAAGUCGAAAUUCCCGCUGGACGAGCAAGAGCCCGGCGAAGACGAGACGCUCCGAAUGCGCCUGUGCAUGUACCUCUUCGAGCUGCAAAUGGAAGGCUGA